AUGCAACAGUCGCAGUUGUCUCAUCAUCCAACAAUAGCUACUAUCUACAACAACAUGGGCUCAGCGUACACUAGUAUUGGGGAGUAUUCGAAGGCAAUUUCACUUUAUGAAAAGCAGCUGGAAAUCGAUCAGAAAUACCUUCUUCAUAAUCAUCUAGAUUUAGCUAUCUCGUACAAUAAUAUUGCAUCAGUAUAUGUCAAAACAGGAGACUAUUUGAAAGCACUUUGCUAUUGUCAACAAGCCGUCGAUAUUGGCCAGAUUACGUUGUCGUCAAAUUACCCUGAUUUGCAACUUUUUCGACGCAAUCUGGAAUGUAUUAGAAAGAAGUGUAAAACAUUUACAUAA